GGAAAACAAAAUUUCAACCGGUUUACGUUUGGGACAUAGCCAAUGCAAUAGUCAAAUCAAGUUCGGAUCCGAAGUUUCACGGUAAAACGUUCGAACUUGGAGGUCCAAAUGUGUACUCGUAUAGAGAAAUUAUGCAAUUGACACUUGACCAAGCAGGAGUAAGACGUCCAAUCAUUUCCUUACCUUGGACAAUGGGUAUGAUUCAAGGAUUCUUUCUUGAAAAAUUACCACCAAAUUUAUUCACUCUUACACGUGAUCAAGUUAAACUCCUUCGUAAGGAUAAUAUUGUUUCAGAUGAUCCAAAUAUCCUGACCUUCAAAGAUUUGAAAAUUGAGCCCACUUCAGCUGAAAAG